UUAAUCCUUAGGGGACCAAGAUGUCAGAUCCAAACAAAGCUGCCAUUGCAGCAGAAAAAGAGGCUCUGAACUUGAAGUUACCUCCCAUUGUUCGUCCCCCUGAAGACAUAGGUGUUGACACACCAGCACAAAGUAAGUUGCUGAGCUACAGAAGAUCCAAGGAGCAGCAGAAGACAAUUAAUCAGUUAGUAAUUGAAGGAGCCAAAAGGAAUUUAGACAGAACACUGGGUAAAAGAACAUCUUCAUCACCAGAGCCAGAUUAUCCUCCAACUAUGACCAGUGAAAUUAAAAAGAAAGGAUUCAACUAUAUUUAUUUGAAGCAAUGUGUAGAGAGUAGUCCGAUAGUACCUAUUCAGCAGGAAUGGCUGGAUCACAUGUUAAUGUUGGUACCUGAGUCUUUGAAGGAAGGGAAGGAACGAGAAGAACUUGUUCAAAGUCUCAUAAACGAGGUGUCACAUGAUUUUGAGAAAAGCAUGAAGAGAUAUUUGGUGAGAAGUGUUCUGGUGAGACCUGAUAUUAAUUGGCUUGAAGAUGAAGGUGGCCCUUUACCUGAAUCCCCUGUAGGCCUGGAUUAUUCUAAGCCUUGGCAUUCUAACUAUCUGCAGACAAGAAACCAAAUAUUAGCUAAUUUGCACAUUGUUCAUCCAACCAUGAAAAUGUUACUGGACCUUGGCUAUACAACAUUUGCCAAUACGGUUUUGCUAGACUUAACUGGAAUUAGAGGUAAAGGCCCAAUUGAUUGUGACUCACUAAGAAAUGAUUUAUCAAUACAAGUUAGAAAGGCAGAAGAGAAGAUAAUGAACACUUGGUAUCCAAAGGUUAUAAAUCUCUUUACCAAGAAGGAGGCACUAGAAGGCAUUAAACCUGAGAAACUGGAUGCAUUUUAUAACUGUGUUUCCACACUUAUGUCAAAUCAGCUAAAAGAUCUCUUAAAGAGAACUGUAGAAGGAUUUGUAAAACUCUUUGACCCAGAAGAUCAACGAAGGCUGCCCAUAUUUAAGAUGGAAUUGACCUUUGAUGAUGAUAAAAUGGAGUUUUAUCCUACUUUUCAAGAUUUGGAAGAUGUUGUCUUUGGUUUGGUUGAGCGAAUAGCUGAAGCUCUGCAGAAUGUCCAAACAGUACCCUCUUGGCUAUCAGGAACUUCAACACCUGUGAAUCUUGACACAGAACUUCCUGAACACGUGUUACAGUGGGCUGUUGAUACACUGAAGGUGGCAAUACAUCAUAACUUAGAAGGCGCAAGAAAACAUUAUGCAACAUACGUUGAAAAGUACAGUUGGCUCAUUGAUGGGACUGCUGUUAAGCUGAUAGAGACUUUUCAGGCACAGGAUCAUACUUUUGAUGAAUACACAGAGUUUAUAGGAAAAUUUUUCAAUCUUGCUUCAGAAAUAAUGCUUUUGCCUCAGUGGGUUCAUUUCCCUAUGGUGCGUUUGGAUUGUGAAGAUUUGAAGACAGGCCUAACAAACAAAGCAAGAGCCUUUGCAAACAUGUUGCUAAAUGAUAUAGCUUCAAAACAUAGGAAAGAAAAUGAAAGUAUUUGCAGUGAAUUUGAAGCAAUUAAAGAGCAUGCAUUAAAAGUUCCUGAGACAACAGAGGAAAUGAUGGAGCUUAUAUCUUAUGUAGAAAAAGCCCGAACUGUAGGAAUUCAGGAGUUGGUUUCACGGAUCAAGGAAUCCAAACGCCGGAUGAGUUACUUUUUAGAUGUAUUUCUAUUUCCUCCAGAAGACUUAGCUUUAAAUUCAGCUGUCCUUAUGUGGCCUUGGAAAAUUAAUCCCAUCUUUGAUGAAAAUGAUGAGCUCAUUGAGAAUGCUAAACAUAGAAAAGAAAAUGAACUAAUAGCAAAGAGAGAGAAACUGAUUUUGGAAGUAGAAAAGGAAUCACGGCGCAUGGAAGAAUUUGCAGAAUUUGCAGAAUUGGACCGCAUGCAACAGUAUGUGACAGAUGUAAGACAACUACAAAAACGUAUUCAGGAAUCUGAAGAAGCAGUUCAGUUUAUUAAUAAAGAAGAGGAACUUUUCAAAUGGGAACUGACAAAAUAUCCUGAACUGGAUAAAUUAAAAGUUAACAUUGAGCCCUAUCAGAAGUUUUUUAAUUUAGUUUUGAAGUGGCAACGAACAGAAAAACGGUGGAUGGAUGGAGGGUUUUUGGACCUUAAUGGGGAAGCGAUGGAAACUGAUGUAGAGGAAUUUUCCCGGGAAAUUUUUAAGACUCUGAAAUUUUUCCAAACAAAGCAAAAGAAGGAAUUACAAGAAAAAAGAAAAGCAGCAAAAAGACGAUCUCUGGAAGAAGAGAAACUUGAAGAGGAACCAAAAGAGAAUCCUACCAUUACUAUGUGCACUACAGUGAUGGAGCAGAUAAAAGUUUUUAAGGAUUACAUCCCUACUGUCUCUAUCCUUUGUAAUCCAGGGAUGAGAGCACGUCAUUGGAAGCAGUUAUCAGAAAUUGUAGGCUAUGACUUAACUCCAGACUCUGGAACUACACUGAGGAAAGUUUUAAAAUUAAACCUUGCACCAUACUUGGACAAAUUUGAAGUGAUAAGUGCAGGUGCAAGCAAGGAAUUUUCAUUAGAGAAAGCCAUGCAUACAAUGAUGGGAACUUGGGAUGAUAUUGCUUUUCAUAUAAGCUUAUAUCGUGAUACUGGAGUCUGUAUUCUUUCUUCAGUAGAUGAGAUUCAGGCUCUCCUCGAUGAUCAAAUUAUAAAAACUCAGACAAUGAGAGGCUCACCGUUCAUCAAACCAUUUGAAAAGGAGAUCAAGGCGUGGGAGGACCGUUUGAUUCGAAUACAAGAAACGAUUGAUGAAUGGUUAAAGGUACAAGCUCACUGGCUAUACUUGGAGCCCAUUUUUUGCUCUGAGGAUAUCAUGCAACAGAUGCCGGAAGAAGGGCGUCAGUUUCAGACAGUAGACAGACACUGGAGGGAUGUCAUGAAGUUUUGUGCGAAAGAUCCAAAGGUUCUUGCUGCUACUUCUUUAACAGGUUUACUGGAAAAACUGCAGAACUGCAAUGAACUUUUGGAGAAAAUUAUGAAAGGCCUUAACGCAUAUCUUGAAAAAAAACGACUUUUCUUCCCGCGUUUUUUCUUCUUAUCUAAUGAUGAAAUGCUAGAGAUUCUGUCAGAGACCAAAGAUCCACUUAGAGUUCAGCCUCACUUGAAAAAAUGCUUUGAAGGCAUUGCCAAAUUGGAGUUCCUUCCCAAUUUGGAUAUUAAGGCCAUGUAUAGCUCUGAAGGCGAGCGAGUGGAGCUGAUUGCACUAAUUUCCACGUCUGCAGCUCGAGGUGCCGUGGAAAAGUGGCUCAUUCAAGUAGAAGAUUUGAUGCUUCGAAGUAUUCAUGAUGUGAUCGCGGCAGCCAGGCUGGCUUAUCCAGAAUCUGCAAGAAGAGACUGGGUUCGAGAGUGGCCUGGCCAGGUGGUACUUUGUGUUUCUCAAAUGUUCUGGACCUCUGAGACACAGGAAGUUAUAAGUGGUGGAACAGAGGGAUUAAGGAAGUACUAUAAGGAACUUCAGAAUCAACUAAAUGAUAUUGUGGAGCUGGUAAGAGGAAAACUAUCGAAGCAGACCAGGAUUACUCUGGGGGCUUUGGUUACUAUCGAUGUCCAUGCUAGAGAUGUGGUCAUGGACAUGAUUGAUAUGGGUGUCUCACACGAUACAGAUUUCCAGUGGCUUGCUCAGCUUCGUUAUUAUUGGGAAUAUGAAAACGCUCGAGUUCGUAUCAUUAAUUGCAACGUAAAAUAUGCUUAUGAAUAUCUUGGUAACUCACCUCGACUUGUCAUUACUCCUCUAACUGACAGAUGUUACAGAACAUUGAUAGGUGCCUUCUAUUUAAACCUUGGAGGUGCUCCAGAAGGGCCAGCAGGCACAGGCAAAACGGAAACCACCAAGGACUUGGCUAAAGCUCUUGCUGUACAGUGCGUGGUAUUCAACUGUUCAGAUGGGCUAGACUAUCUAGCAAUGGGAAAGUUUUUUAAAGGAUUGGCUUCCUCUGGUGCUUGGGCUUGCUUUGAUGAAUUUAAUCGAAUUGAGUUGGAAGUGCUGUCAGUGGUAGCUCAACAGAUCCUUUGCAUUCAGAGAGCCAUUCAACAGAAGCUGGAAGUGUUUACUUUUGAAGGGACAGAACUUAAACUCAAUCCAAACUGUUUCGUAGCUAUUACCAUGAAUCCUGGCUAUGCAGGACGUUCUGAAUUACCAGAUAAUCUUAAGGUGCUUUUCAGAACAGUGGCUAUGAUGGUUCCAAACUAUGCCCUCAUAGCAGAAAUCUCCCUCUACUCCUAUGGGUUUCUGAAUGCAAAACCUCUGUCUGUGAAGAUAGUGAUGACCUACAGGCUCUGCUCAGAGCAGCUCUCGUCACAGUUUCAUUAUGACUAUGGAAUGCGAGCAGUAAAAGCAGUUUUAAUAGCUGCUGGAAACCUAAAACUAAAAUUUCCAAAUGAAAAUGAAGAUAUUCUUCUUCUUCGAUCAAUUAAAGAUGUAAAUGAACCAAAGUUUUUGUCACAUGAUAUACCCUUAUUUAGUGGAAUAACUAGUGACUUAUUUCCUGGUGUUAAACUUCCUGAAGCUGACUAUCAUGAAUUUUUGGAAUGUGCUCAUGAAGCCUGCAAAGUACAUAAUCUUCAGCCUGUUAAAUUUUUUCUUGAAAAAAUGAUUCAGACAUAUGAGAUGAUGAUCGUUAGACACGGUUUUAUGUUAGUAGGAGAGCCUUUUGCUGCUAAAACAAAAGUUCUGCAUAUGCUGGCUGAUACUCUAACUCUUAUGAAUGAAUGUGGCUAUGGAGAGGAAGAAAAAGUCAUUUAUAGGACUGUAAACCCCAAAUCCAUUACUAUGGGCCAACUUUUUGGACAAUUUGACCCAGUGUCCCAUGAGUGGACUGAUGGCAUUGUGGCUAACACUUUUAGAGAAUUUGCCUUAUCAGAAACACCUGACCGGAAAUGGGUUGUAUUUGAUGGUCCCAUUGACACUUUGUGGAUAGAGAGCAUGAACACAGUACUGGAUGAUAAUAAAAAGCUUUGCCUUAUGAGUGGAGAAAUCAUUCAGAUGUCCCCUCAAAUGAGCCUCAUCUUUGAAACAAUGGACCUUUCCCAGGCUUCACCUGCCACUGUAAGCCGCUGUGGCAUGAUUUAUUUGGAGCCCUCACAGUUGGGAUGGAAACCACUUGUGUCUUCAUGGUUGAAUUCACUGAAAGGACCUCUACAGGAACCAGAUCACCAAGCUCUUCUGAGAGGACUUUUUGACUGGUUAAUACAGCCCACUUUAAAGCUCCGUAAGAAAAGAUGCAAGGAACUGAUUCCAACAAGCGAUAGCAAUGUGGUUGUCUCUCUCACACGCCUCUUUGAAGUCCUGCUCUGUAACGCGGUGGAGAAUGAUCCUACCAGCAAGCAUAUUCGUGUUUGGAUUAUGAGUGUAAGCCAUAACAAAGUGACUGUGAAAGACUGGGAGCAGGCAUCCAGCCAGCUGGGUGGCGCAUUGCAGGCAGAAUCCAGAGAGCAUAUAGGUAGGGAGGAGUCAGUGGUCCAGAACCAACAGGCUUGCUUUAUAUUUUCUUUAAUUUGGUCCAUUGGAGGAAGCUGUGAUACAGAUGGUCGCAUUGUUUUUGAUAUUUACAUACGAAUGGUCAUAAUGGGAAAAGAUGAAAACAACCCAAUACCUGAAUCUGUGGGUAAAUGGGAAUGCAACUUUGAUGAAAAAGGCCUAGUCUAUGACUACAUGUAUGAGUUGAAACACCGAGGUCGCUGGGUCCACUGGAAUGAACUAAUUAAAAGUACUAGUUUAGGAAACAGACGUGUCAAGAUUCAAGAUAUCAUCGUCCCUACCAUGGAUACAAUUAGAUAUACAUUUCUAAUGGAUUUGAGUAUUACCUAUGCAAAGCCACUACUUUUUGUGGGUCCAACGGGUACAGGAAAAUCAGUGUAUGUGAAGGAUAAGCUGAUGAAUCACUUGGAAAAAAACUUGUACUUUCCUUUUUAUGUUAAUUUCUCUGCACGGACCAGUGCCAACCAGGUUCAGAACAUUAUUAUGGCUAGACUGGAUAAAAGACGCAAAGGAGUUUUUGGACCACCUAUGGGAAAGAAAUGUAUAAUUUUUAUAGAUGACAUGAAUAUGCCUGCAUUGGAGAAAUAUGGAGCUCAACCUCCUAUUGAAUUAUUACGACAAUUUUUUGACUGUGGGAAUUGGUAUGACCUGAAGGACACAAGUAAAAUCACGUUGGUUGACAUACAGCUGAUUGCUGCCAUGGGCCCUCCAGGUGGUGGAAGAAAUCCAGUUACUCCCCGUUUUAUUCGGCAUUUCAACAUCUGCACCAUUAAUAGUUUCAGUGAUGAAACUAUGGUCCGAAUCUUCUCAUCAAUUGUAGCAUUCUACCUUAGGACUCGUGACUUUCCUCCUGAGUACUUUUUAGUUGGAAACCAGAUUGUCAGUGGGACUAUGGAGAUAUAUAAACAAUCUAUGGAAAAUCUUUUGCCCACUCCCACAAAAUCUCACUACACUUUCAACUUGCGGGAUUUUUCACGUGUCAUCCAGGGCUGUUUGCUCAUUGAAAGAGAUGCUGUGGAGGGCAAGCACACUAUGAUCCGUCUGUUUGUGCAUGAGGUUCUCCGAGUGUUUUAUGAUCGCCUCAUUAACGACAGUGACCGAUUCUGGCUGUUCACUUUAACCAAAAAUGUUGUAAAGGACCAUUUUAAAGAAUCAUUUGAUAGUGUCUUUUCACAUUUGAGGAAAGGGAAUGCACCAAUAUCUGAAGAGGAGCUAAGAAAUCUCAUGUUUGGUGACUAUUUGAAUCCUGACCUUGAAGGAGAUGACAGAGUUUAUAUUGAAAUUCCAAAUAUUCAUCAUUUUAGUGACGUUGUAGACCAAUGUUUAGAUGAGUAUAAUCAAACUCACAAAACAAGAAUGAAUCUUGUCAUUUUUAGGUAUGUAUUGGAACAUUUAUCCCGAAUAUGUCGGAUUCUGAAGCAGUCUGGUGGAAAUGCUUUGCUUGUCGGACUUGGAGGAAGUGGUCGUCAAUCUUUAACACGUCUCGCUACAUCCAUGGCAAAAAUGCAGAUUUUCCAACCAGAAAUUUCAAAGAGUUAUGGUAUGAAUGAGUGGAGAGAGGACCUGAAGGCCCUUUUAAGGAACGUGGGCAUGAAGGGCCAGAAGACAGUCUUUCUAAUCACGGACACUCAGAUUAAAGAGGAAGCUUUUCUAGAGGAUAUCGACAGUGUGCUCAAUACUGGAGAAGUACCUAAUAUUUUUGCAGCAGAUGAAAAACAAGAAGUGAUGGAGGGUGUUCGUCCUGUGGCUCAGGCUGGCAAUAAACACGGUGAACUCAGUCCUUUAGCCCUGUUUGCUUUCUUUGUGAAUCGCUGCAAAGAAAACCUUCAUGUUGUAGUGGCCUUUAGCCCCAUUGGAGAUGCCUUUCGAAAUCGUUUGAGGCAAUUCCCAUCCCUCAUCAAUUGCUGUACCAUUGACUGGUUUCAGCCAUGGCCUGAAGAUGCUCUUGAACGUGUAGCUGUGAAAUUCUUAGAAACACUGGAGCUUACUGACGUUGAACGACGAGAGAUAGUUCCAAUCUGCAAACAUUUUCACACUUCCAUUAUGGAACUUUCAGAAAAGUUCUUGCAAGAGUUAGGACGACAUAACUAUGUUACUGCUACUUCUUACCUUGAACUCAUUGCCUCAUUUCGACAACUGUUGACUAAGAGGCGACAAGCUAUAAUGGAAGCAAAACAGCGCUAUGUGAAUGGACUUGACAAAUUAGCUUUUGCUGAGUCUCAGGUUGGUGAAAUGAAAACAGAGCUUGUCCAAUUACAGCCCAAAUUAGAGGAAGCAAAAGUUGAAAAUGCAAAUAUGAUGCAGAUUAUCGAGAUAGAAUCUGCACAAGUGGAAGCAAAAAGAAAGUUUGUGAAAUUUGAUGAAGAGAUAGCCAGUGGAAAAGCUGAGGAAGCCCAAACUCUGAAGAAUGAAUGUGAAAGUGAUCUAGCUGAGGCAAUUCCAGCCUUGGAAGCAGCCCUGUCUGCACUGGAUACACUAAAGCCAGCUGACAUUACAAUCGUGAAGUCAAUGAAGAAUCCUCCAGCUGGUGUUAAACUAGUUAUGGCUGCUGUUUGUGUUAUGAAAGAUAUAAAACCAGAAAAAAUUUCGGAUCCUUCAGGAACUGGAGGCAAGAUAUUAGAUUACUGGGGACCUAGCAAAAAACUUCUGGGAGAUAUGAAUUUCUUAAGAGAUUUGAGAGAAUAUGACAAAGACAAUAUUCCGGUGACUGUUAUGCAGAAGAUUCGUGGUGAAUACUUAACAAACCCUGAAUUUGAUCCUCCUAAGGUUGCUAAAGCUUCCUCUGCAGCUGAGGGUCUGUGUAAGUGGAUCAUGGCUAUGGAAGUGUAUGACAGAGUUGCAAAGGUAGUGGCUCCUAAGAAAGCCCGCUUAACAGAAGCUCAGAAGUCCUUAGCUGAGACAAUGGAGCUUUUGAAUCAGAAGAGAGAAGAACUAGCAGAAGUAGAACAUCAUUUGGAAAAUUUAGAAACAAUAUUUCUUGAGAAAACUGAGGAAAAAGCUCGUUUAGAAGACCAGGUGGAACUUUGUGCUAAGAAACUUGAAAGAGCCUCAAAACUAAUUGGAGGACUAGGUGGCGAAAAAUCGAGAUGGUCUCAAGCUGCAGAUGACCUUCAGACAGUAUAUGAAAAUUUGACUGGUGAUGUCUUAAUAUCAGCAGGAGUAAUAGCCUACCUUGGUGCUUUCACUUCUGGCUUUCGACAAACAUGUACAGAAGAUUGGAGCAUAUUGUGCAAGGAGAAAAAAAUCCCAUGUUCAGAGGAGUUCUCACUGAGUAAGACCUUGGGUGAUCCAGUAACAAUCAGAGCCUGGAAUAUUGCUGGAUUGCCUACAGAUACUUUCUCCAUAGACAAUGGAGUGAUUGUUAACAACUCCAGGCGCUGGCCUUUAAUGAUUGACCCCCAGGGUCAAGCCAAUAAGUGGAUCAAAAACUCUGAGAAAGAAAAUCAGCUUAGUGUUAUUAAGCUAUCAGAUGCAGACUAUAUGAGAACACUGGAAAACUGUAUUCAGUUUGGAACUCCACUUCUAUUAGAAAAUGUUGGUGAAGAACUGGAUCCAUCAUUGGAACCUUUGCUACUUAGACAAACUUUCAAACAAGGUGGCAUUGAUUGCAUCAGACUUGGUGAGGUCAUUAUUGAGUAUUCCUUUGAUUUCAAGUUUUAUAUCACCACAAAGUUGAGAAAUCCACAUUAUAUGCCAGAGCUGGCUACAAAGGUAUCUUUGCUCAAUUUCAUGAUAACUCCAGAAGGACUUGAAGAUCAAUUACUUGGUAUUGUUGUUGCAAAGGAGAGACCAGAGUUAGAAGAGGAACGAAAUGCUCUUAUUCUUCAGUCUGCCGCUAAUAAGAAACAGCUGAAAGAUAUAGAGAAAAAAAUUUUAGAAACAUUAUCAUCUUCAGAAGGAAACAUUUUAGAAGAUGAAAGUGCGAUUAAAAUCUUAGACUCUGCUAAAUUGAUGUCCAAUGAGAUAACCAAGAAACAACAGAUUGCAGAAAAAACAGAACUCAAAAUAGCAGAGUCUCGAGAAGGUUAUAGACCUAUUGCUAAACAUUCAUCAGUGUUAUUCUUUAGCAUUGCAGACCUGGCUAACAUCGACCCCAUGUACCAGUACUCUCUCAUCUGGUUUGUGAACCUUUAUAUCAACUCUAUUCAUGACAGUAACAAAUCCAAAAUUUUGGAAAAGCGCCUAAGAUAUUUAAAUGACCACUUUACAUACAACUUAUAUUGUAAUAUAUGCCGAUCGCUAUUCGAGAAGGACAAGCUAUUGUUUUCCUUUUUAUUGUGUGCCAACCUUCUUUUGGCAAAGAAAGAGAUUGAAUACCAGGAACUGAUGUUUCUUUUAACUGGAGGAGUAAGUCUUAAGAGUGCUGAGAAAAAUCCUGAUCCAACUUGGCUGCAGGAUAAAAGCUGGGAAGAAAUUUGUCGUGCAAGUGAAUUUCCUGCCUUCAGAGGACUCAGGGAUCAUUUUUAUGACAAUGUAUCUGAAUGGCGGGAAAUCUAUGACAGUAAGGAGCCACAUAAUGCUAAAUUUCCAGCACCAAUGGAUACAAGGCUAAAUGAACUACAGAAAAUAAUCAUUCUUCGGUGCUUAAGACCUGAUAAGAUAACUCCAGCUAUAACUAAUUAUGUAACUGACAAACUAGGGAAAAAGUUUGUAGAGCCUCCACCAUUUGAUUUGACAAAGAGUUAUUUGGAUUCAAAUUGCACCAUUCCCUUAAUUUUUGUGUUAUCUCCAGGAGCAGAUCCCAUGGCCAGCCUGCUAAAGUUUGCAAAUGAUAAAGCAAUGUCUGGAAAUAAAUUUCAAGCUAUUUCACUGGGACAGGGACAAGGACCCAUUGCAACAAAAAUGAUUAAAGCAGCAAUAGAGGAAGGAACUUGGGUUUGCCUACAGAAUUGUCACCUUGCUGUCUCCUGGAUGCCCAUGUUAGAAAAAAUAUGUGAAGAUUUUUCUCCUGAAGUCUGUAACUCAUCCUUUAGGCUUUGGCUCACAAGUUACCCAUCUCCAAAAUUCCCAGUAACAAUUCUACAGAAUGGAGUCAAAAUGACUAAUGAACCUCCUACUGGUCUUCGGCUAAAUCUCCUCCAGUCUUACCUCACUGAUCCAGUUUCUGAUCCUGAGUUUUUCAGUGGAUGCGAAGGAAAGGAACUGGCUUGGGAGAAGUUGCUGUUUGGAGUUUGCUUUUUUCAUGCCCUUGUGCAGGAGCGAAAGAAAUUUGGUCCUCUUGGGUGGAAUAUUCCAUAUGGAUUUAAUGAAUCCGAUUUACGUAUCAGUAUUCGACAACUACAGCUAUUUAUCAAUGAAUAUGAUACAAUUCCAUUUGAAGCCAUCUCUUACCUGACUGGAGAGUGUAACUAUGGAGGAAGAGUGACAGACGACUGGGACAGACGUCUCCUCUUAACCAUGCUGGCUGACUUCUAUAACCCACACAUAAUCGAAAACUCUCAUUAUAAGUUUUCUCCUAGCGGAAACUAUUUUGCCCCUCCCAAAGGCACUUAUAAUGAAUACAUUGAAUUCAUUAAGAAACUUCCUUUUACUCAACACCCGGAGAUAUUUGGAUUACAUGAAAAUGUUGAUAUCUCCAAAGAUCUUCAACAAACGAAAAUCCUCUUUGAGUCCUUGCUUCUCACACAAGGAGGCUCCAAACAAACAGGAUCCUCAGGAAGCACUGACCAGAUUCUACUAGAAAUUACCAAAGAUAUUCUCAACAAGCUACCAAGUGACUUUGACAUUGAAUCAGCACUGCUCAAGUAUCCUGUGAGAUAUGAAGAGAGCAUGAAUACUGUGUUAGUGCAAGAAAUGGAAAGAUUUAACAACUUAAUUAAAACUAUACGCAGCACUCUACAGGACCUUGAAAAAGCUAUUAGGGGUGUGGUCGUGAUGGAUUCUGCGUUGGAGGCACUGUCUGGCAGUCUGCUUGUUGGAAAGGUUCCAGAAAUAUGGGCGCAACGCUCAUACCCAAGUCUUAAACCCCUAGGAAGUUACAUCACAGAUUUUCUAGCCCGGUUGAACUUUUUACAGGACUGGUAUAAUUCAGGAAAACCUUGUGUGUUUUGGCUCUCAGGCUUCUUUUUCACCCAAGCCUUUUUAACUGGAGCAAUGCAGAAUUAUGCCAGAAAAUAUACCAUCCCUAUUGACUUACUGGGAUAUGAAUUUGAGGUUAUUCCUUUUGAUACCUCUAAGGAAGCACCAGAAGAUGGUGUUUAUAUCCAUGGAUUAUAUCUUGAUGGAGCCCGCUGGGACAGAACAAGUGGAUUGCUUGCUGAACAGUACCCCAAACUUCUGUUUGACCUGAUGCCCAUCAUAUGGAUAAAACCAACUAUAAAGUCUAAGAUCGUGAAGUCGAAUGCCUAUGUCUGUCCUCUUUACAAGACAAGUGAACGUAAAGGAACUCUUUCCACCACAGGACAUUCUACUAACUUUGUCAUUGCAAUGUUGUUGAAAACAGACCAACCUACACAACACUGGAUCAAACGUGGGGUUGCUUUGCUUUGUCAAUUAGAUGACUAAAUUGGACAACUUAAUAAAACAUCUGAAACAAGUUAC